AUGUCUUCCUUGUAUGAAAAUUUGCGCCAGCUGAUCACCGUUGUUGAUGAGUUGCGCGAUGUAGGGUUGCAACGCUACAUCAGCUUGCCGCGAAUAGCGGCCAUUGGCACUCAAAGCAGUGGGAAAAGCUCGCUGAUCGAAUCCAUCGUCGGGCUUGAUUUUCUGCCUCGGGGCGGUGGCGUGGUGACCAGGCGGCCGUUGGAGCUGCGAUUAGUUCAUCUCAGCACUCAGGAAUUUGAUGAAGGCCAAGCUUGGGCGAUAUUUGAGAAGACAGGUGACAAGAAAUUCACAAAUUUCGACGAUGUUCGGAAGGAGAUCGAACGUCAAACCGAUGCCGUGGCUGGCACGAACAAGGGCAUCGUGAACGACCCGAUUGUGCUGACUGUCUAUGCUACGGGUGCCCCAGACCUUACUCUCAUCGAUCUGCCGGGUGUGACGAGAGUGCCACUGCGAGGCAGCGACCAGGUGGAUGACAUUGAGAAGGUCACCCGGGAGAUGACGCUGCAUUACAUCAAGGACCCACGGACAAUCAUUCUUUGUGUGAUCCCUGCGAACCAGGACAUGUCUGUAUCAGAUGCCCUUCAGCUGGCCAGACAGGUGGAUCCCCAGGGAAUGAGGUCCAUUGGAGUGAUCACGAAAAUAGACAUCAUGGACCAGGGCACAGAUGCUGUCAAGAUGCUUCGUGGUGAGGAGAUUCCGCUACGCUUGGGCUAUGUUGGUGUCAAGAUGCGCAACCAACAGGACAUCACCAGCAACAAGCCAGUAAAAGUCUCCUUGAAAGAAGAGAGGGAGUGGUUUGAGAAUCACCGCCUCUACAGCAAGCUUCCCCCAGGUUUGGUGGGAACCAGCACCCUGAUUGACAAGCUGACGCAGAUUCUCUUCAAGCACAUCCGGCGGUUUCUGCCAGAGAUCAAAAAAGAGAUCAACGAAAGGCGAAGGACCGUGCAAGAUCGCCUCGAAGAGUUGGGUCAGGGCAUCCCUCUCGAGGAUCAUGGACGCGUGCAGUUAAUGUGGACGAUGAUCACUGACUAUUGUGAGAUGUUCAAGAACACCAUCCGUGGGAAGUAUGAUCGGAAGCUUCAGCGCUACAUGUUCAACUUGCAGGGGGGCGACAGCAGCUCCAUGUCAGGUGGAGCCCAUGUGCGUCAGGUCAUGAAUGACUUUCUCGCCGACUACUUGGAUGUCCCAAUGACAGCAGAAAUGACUGAUGAUGACAUCGACCGUGCCAUCCGAAUGCACGAGGGUGACUCGCUUCCAGGAUUUCCUUCCCCAGACACCUUCGAGUACCUCGCAUUGCCGCACUUACAGAAGAUCUCCAUUCCUGCGGUGGAGUGUGUGCACAACGUUGCUUCGGCUCUGGACGUGUUGUCCCAGCGCAUGGCCCAGUCCGUUUUCCGCCGUUUCCCAAAACUGGCUGAGGUCUGUUUGGAGAUGACAGCAAACAUCAUCCAGGAGCAGAAGGACAAGACACGCAUUGUGGUGGAGCAGCAGGUCGCCUGCAGCGUCGGCUACCUCUUCACAAACGAUCCGUCUUACUUGACAGAACAUGGCUCCAUGGAACCAAUGUACGAAGACAAGGAGCAGAAGAGGCAGCCACCACCACCGGAGGAAGAGAAGAAGGACCCUACCUUCGGUGAGAAAACUGUGCAGCAGAUCAAGGACAAUUCCAGUGCUGCGUACCAGAAGAUGAACACGGUAUUCGGUGGACAGAAGCAGGCAGACAAAAAGAACCACCGAUACAGCGGGCCUUUUGUCAAGGAGAUCCGGAAGCGGUUGGACUCAUACCUGGCCAUCACAGUGCGCAACGUCCGCGACGCAGUGCCGAAGGCGAUUGGCUUCUAUCUCGUCAGGGCGGUGCAGGACAAGCUGCAGUUUGAGCUGCUGAACGCGCUGAACCAGAAGGAUAAGAUCUCUGAGCUCCUUGGCGAGCCGUCACUCAGACAGCAAUGGAGGGCUUUGUGA